AGGGAGCCUCCAAACAGAGCAGGCUCGUGGAGUAUCUCCCGUUCAGAAACACCGCUUAGUCCUCAUUUACUCCUUGGGAACCUCUGAGGAUUUCCGCUUAUCUUUUUUUCUCCCCUCAGACAGUGAGGAGCUCAACAUAAACAGCAAAGAAAAGAAGCCCAGGAUGCAGCGACUCGGAGGGUGUUGAUUGAAAACUUCGCUCUCCCCACCCCAUUCACGGCUGAUUUGACUGAUUUCUCAGCUCCUUCACAGAGAAUAUUUCAAUUAAGGUCCCUUUAGAUGGAAUCUGACACAGCAGAGGUCUUUUCAUCAAAAGGAUUAAUGCCUGCAUUAUCAUUUCUGCAAUAAAAUAAGACACUAAGUGGUGGAGGCCACUGACACCUCCAACCUGGAUUCUACAGUUUUACACUGAGUGCUGGAGUUUUGAUUGCUCUGCUGCAGGAAAGCCUUUGCCAAUGCUUACAAGGAACUGUUUAUCCCUGCUUCUCUGGGUGCUGUUUGAUGGAGGUCUCCUAAUACCACUUCAGCCACAGCCACAACAGACUUUAGCAACAGAAACAAGAGAAAAUGUUAUCCACCUGCCGGGACGGCGGACUCAUUUCCAGCGAGUUAAACGGGGCUGGGUAUGGAAUCAAUUUUUUGUGCUGGAAGAGUACAUGGGCUCCGAACCUCAGUAUGUGGGAAAGCUCCAUUCCGACUUAGACAAGGGAGAGGGCACUGUUAAAUACACCCUCUCAGGCGAUGGAGCUGGCACUGUUUUUACCAUUGAUGAAACCACAGGAGACAUUCAUGCCAUAAGGAGCUUGGAUAGAGAAGAAAAACCUUUCUACACCCUUCGUGCCCAGGCCGUGGACAUAGACACAAGGAAGCCCCUGGAGCCUGAAUCAGAAUUCAUCAUCAAAGUGCAGGAUAUUAAUGAUAAUGAACCAAAGUUCUUGGAUGGCCCUUACGUUGCCAGUGUCCCAGAAAUGUCUCCUGUGGGUGCAUACGUGCUCCAAGUCAAGGCCACUGAUGCAGAUGACCCCACCUAUGGGAACAGUGCCAGAGUCGUUUACAGUAUUCUUCAGGGACAACCUUAUUUCUCUAUUGAUCCUAAGACAGGUGUGAUUAGAACAGCUUUGCCAAACAUGGAUCGGGAAGUCAAAGAACAGUAUCAAGUGCUCAUCCAAGCGAAGGACAUGGGAGGACAGCUGGGAGGAUUAGCUGGAACCACCAUUGUCAACAUUACCCUCACUGAUGUCAAUGAUAAUCCACCUCGAUUCCCCAAAAGCAUCUUUCAUCUGAAAGUUCCUGAAUCUUCUCCUGUGGGCUCUGCUAUUGGAAGAAUAAGAGCUGUGGAUCCUGAUUUUGGAAAAAAUGCAGAAAUUGAAUACAACAUUGUGCCAGGAGACGGAGGAAAUUUGUUUGACAUCAUCACAGAUGAGGACACCCAAGAAGGAGUCAUCAAACUGAAAAAGCCAUUAGAUUUUGAAACAAAGAAGGCGUAUACUUUUAAAGUCGAGGCCUCCAACCUUCACCUUGACCAUCGCUUUCACUCCGCGGGCCCCUUCAAAGACACAGCCACGGUGAAAAUCAGUGUGCUGGACGUGGAUGAGCCGCCCGUGUUCAGCAAGCCCCAGUACACCAUGGAGGUUUAUGAAGACACGCCCGUGGGCACCAUCAUCGGUGCAGUGACCGCGCAGGACCUCGAUGUGGGCAGCAGCGCCGUGAGGUACUUCAUAGACUGGAAGAGUGAUGGGGACAGCUACUUUACAAUAGAUGGAACUGACGGAACCAUUGCUACUAAUGAAUUACUAGACAGAGAAAGCACUGCGCAGUAUAAUUUCUCCAUAAUUGCGAGUAAAGUUAGUAACCCGUUGUUAAUGAGCAAGGUCAAUGUACUCAUUAAUGUGUUAGAUGUCAAUGAAUUUCCUCCAGAAAUAUCUGUGCCAUAUGAGACAGCUGUGUGUGAAAAUGCCAAACCAGGACAGAUAAUUCAGAUAGUCAGUGCUGCAGACCGAGAUCUUUCACCUGCUGGGCAGCAAUUAUCCUUCAGAUUAGCACCAGAAGCUUCUAUCAAACCAAAUUUUACUGUUCGUGACUUCAGAAACAACACAGCCGGAAUUGAAACCAAGAGAAAUGGAUACAGUCGCAGACAGCAAGAGUUGUAUUUCCUCCCCAUUGUUAUAGAAGACAGCAGCUAUCCUGUCCAGAGCAGCACCAACACAAUGACGAUUCGAGUUUGUAGAUGUGAUGCUGAUGGGACCAUCCUGUCUUGCAAUGUGGAAGCAAUCUUUCUACCUGUAGGACUCAGCACUGGAGCUUUGAUAGCAAUCCUGUUGUGCAUUGUUAUACUCUUAGCCAUUGUUGUACUGUACGUAGCUCUGAGAAGGCAGAAAAAGAAAGAUACCCUGAUGACGUCUAAGGAAGAUAUCAGAGACAACGUGAUCCAUUACGAUGAUGAAGGAGGCGGAGAGGAGGACACCCAAGCUUUUGACAUUGGUGCUCUAAGGAAUCCAAAAGUGAUUGAGGAGAACAAAAUCCGCAGGGAUAUAAAACCAGACCCUCUCCGUUUACCUCGUCAGAGACCAGCAGUGGAAGAUAAUACAGAUAUAAGGGAUUUCAUUAAUCAAAGGCUACAGGAAAAUGAUGUGGACCCCACAGCCCCGCCGUAUGAUUCAUUGGCAACCUAUGCCUAUGAGGGAAAUGGAUCUGUAGCAGAAUCUCUCAGCUCCAUUGAUUCUCUUACCACCGAGGCGGACCAAGACUACGACUUUCUGACAGACUGGGGACCCCGCUUCAAAGUUUUGGCUGAUAUGUUUGGUGAGGAAGAGAAUUACAAUCCUGAUAAAGUCACUUAGGGGGAAAUGAAGUCUUGGAUACAGCUAAGAGGAGGAAUUAAAACAUAAUCAUGGCAAAAGAAAACAACAAAUAGGACUCACCCACAGUUAGCCACAGGCUUUCUAAGACAAGAUUCCUUUGAUUAUCUGGUUUCUAGCAAGUUGCUGUAUUUAUCAUAUUGUCCGUUUCAGUUUAUUCUGCCGACAGGAGAUAAAUCCUGUAUUAUGUACUUGCUUUGUUUUGUUAUUUUGGACACACACUGAGACACGCUCAGGCCUAUUAAACACAAUUUACUGACAUGACAACCUUGAAGGAAGAUAGCUAUCUGGCAUCACAGUGGAAGAGCGUUAGAUUUUUCUUAAUUCCACUAAAGUGCCUAUUGAAACUCUUAUCAUUUAAAGUGGUGUACAGUGCACUCUGCUGUGAUCGCUUUGCAGGAUUCAGAGAUGAAACGAACAUAAAACAAAGACAGUCCUUAUGUCAAGGAGCAAUAGCACCAUGCUGACUCUUCUAAUUCCUCUGGUGGGAAAAGAAGACAACUUUAUGAACACCAUCUUCUUAUGAUUCAAAUUCCCUUUUCUUUUCUUCUUAAAACUGUCUGCCAAAACACUUGUUUAAUCCUCCCCUUGCAGAAAAUUGAAAUAGAUGUGAUAUAUUAUUGGAUUCAACAUGUAAAUCUUGAAUUAAAACUAUUUGAUCUUAUAAUUGGUUAAAAUAUUAAAGCUAGUCAUGAAAAUGCUACUCUUUUUUUCCAAAACGAAGAAAAUGAAUUUGUAGCAAAAAUGAAGAAUUAUCCCUCUUUCAAAAGGGAGGCCUCAGGGCUCAAACUCCACAUUAAAAUAAAUAUUGGUUUUG